CCUACUAAACUAGAGUAUGUUGAAAAUACAAUAAAAUUAGAAAUUCGGUACAUUGAUGAAUUUUCAAGCUCAACCCUUUUAUCAUCUCAAGUUUGCCGCCCAUUUCGGAGAGAACGCCAUUGUGAGCUCUAACGACUUGUAGACUUUGCCAGAGCUAUCAGUCAUUUUCACGUUCAUCACUGUUUGUUAAAGGUAUAAGUUUUAAGGAUAUACGAUUAAAUUCCAAAAAUGGCAGCGGAACAAGAGAUGCCCACUUUUAAAUGCGUUCUAGUCGGAGAUGGUGGUACUGGAAAGACAACCUUCGUAAAGCGUCACUUGACUGGUGAAUUCGAGAAAAAGUAUGUAGCCACCCUUGGUGUGGAAGUGCAUCCUCUGGUGUUCCACACUACAAGAGGCCCCAUUCGUUUCAAUGUAUGGGAUACAGCUGGUCAGGAAAAGUUUGGUGGUCUUCGUGAUGGAUACUACAUCCAAGGACAAUGUGCCAUAAUUAUGUUCGAUGUUACAUCGAGAGUUACUUACAAGAAUGUACCUAACUGGCAUCGUGAUUUGAUCAGAGUGUGUGAAAAUAUCCCAAUUGUUUUGUGUGGUAACAAAGUUGAUAUUAAGGAUAGAAAAGUCAAAGCCAAGAGCAUCGUAUUCCACAGGAAGAAGAAUCUUCAGUACUACGAUAUCUCCGCUAAAUCAAACUACAACUUCGAGAAACCCUUCUUGUGGUUGGCCAGAAAACUCAUUGGAGAUUCCAACCUCGACUUCGUAGCUUCACCCGCUUUGGUACCCCCAGAGGUCACCAUGGAUCCCCAAUGGCAACAACAAAUCGAGAAAGAUCUGAAGGAAGCUCAAGAAACGGCCCUUCCUGAAGACGAUGAAGACCUAUGAGCGGGUUGUUUUUAUCCAAGUGAUAUACCUUAAAUUUUUUUCUUUAACUAUUUUUAUUUUCAACCUGUACUGAAUGAGCGAAGCGAGUGCUUAUUUAUCUAAAUUUGUUAAAUAAUACUGUUAACAGAGAGUAAAUGAAUGUCGUUUAAUGAACGGGACAUGUAAUUAGUUGUGCUGAGAAGAAUGAAUAGGCAUAGGUUAUUUUCAAAUAAAUAAUUUUUUCAUA